GGGCUGCGGCGGAACGCCGGGGGUGCUGGGCAGAGGGAGGCAGGGCUGCCCGCGCUGAGCCCCGCUGGCCCUGCGGGGGCCGGCGUCUGAGCUGCGUGUGUGAGAAGGCAGGGUGGUGUGGGCGCGCGGCCGUUGAGCUGUUCGUGCGUGUUGUGUGGCUUUGGAGACGGAUGGGCAGGCGGGAGGGGCUCCCAUCCGGCAGCUCCGGGUGGGUGGGGUGGAUGCCAGGCCUGUCUGCUGCCCGAGCUUCCCAGGCCAGAGCACCAGCCAGGAUCCCCGGAGGGCCCCCCAUGUGGUUUCAGGUCCCCUGCAAAUGCCCUGAUGAGAAAGAACCCGCGGAAGCCCUAGGCCCACCCAACCACUGACCCGGAGGAAGGGUUGGGAGCAGAGUCAGUACUGCGUUGGGAAGGCCUUCUGCCUUGGGACCUUAGCAGUUGGGUUCAGGGGCCCAUGCCGAGGUGUCUGGGGCGAGCCCCGACGGGCCCCCGUCUCCAGGCCUGGUUCUGGCUGGGACGCCCUCAGAGGACUUGUCUCCUUAACUUCCCGUUCCAUCCGGCGCUCAGACCAGGUGUUGCCAAGGUCUUUGAGACAGGGUGGCAUCCUGACCGUCCAGCUUUGGCCACCUAGGGCCAGCCCUGUCUCCCCACCCCAGCUGACAGCAGGAAACUGGUAGCGCUCUGGAGUCAAUGAGGAUGGAAUGUGCGCAGGGGAGACAAAGGGACUUCUGACAUCAGGCCCGAGGAGCGACUCAUCGCUGCGUCCCCCCUUCCAGACCCCAAGGAGCAGCCGCCCAGCUCCCUGGCCUGGGUGCUGUCUACAAUCAAGGCCUGCCCCAGCGCCCUAGGAAGCCCUGCCCGCGGACGGGACCAUGCUUCACAACUCCAGCCACAGCAAAGGCGUGGCCGACGUAGAUAACACCCUGAGCGGGCAAGACAGAGACAGGGAAGGAGCAUGGGCAAGAGCUGGGGGAGCUCUGGCCCCCAACACCUCCUCCCCAUUCCCCCCCGAGCCUCCAGGGGCCUCAGGCAGCAUCAUUCCCGUCUACUGUGCCCUCCUGGCCACUGUGGUCCUCGGUCUCCUUGCCUAUGUGGCCUUCAAAUGCUGGCGCUCACAUCAGCAAAGACAGCAGCUGGCCAAAGCUAGGACUGCAGAGCUGGGGGCCCUCAGCAGGGACCAGAGGCUUGGCAAUAGCAGCGUCUGUCUGGACUCUCCAACUGGUCUAGAGCCCUGUGCCCCCAGCCAGGGACUGCAUCCUGACCUUGGCUGCCAACUUUACCUUCGCCUCCCGCGGCAGCAGCAGGAGGAAGUGGAGCGGCUCCUGGAGGUGUCAGGCGAACCUGACAAGGGCUGGCAGGGCCUGGCAGGUCGCCUUGGGUACCAGGCUGAGGUUGUGGAGACCAUGGCCCAGGGCCAGGCGCCAGCCUAUAACCUGCUGAGGGACUGGGCCAGCCAGGAGGGCAGCAGAGCUACCCUCAGGGUACUACAGGACGCCCUGGCUGCCAUGGGCCGGGAAGACGUGGUUCGGGUCUUGGGAUCUGCAGGGGAAGGCUGCUCUGUGGUGUGAGUGACGGUCCCCACAGCCUGCUCUGGUGAUCCCCACCACCCCUGCCUCCCCCAACAACUUCGCCUUCACAGGUUUCUAGCAUUGCAGGCUUUGGGUUGCACUGUUCUGGGCGGGGGUUGGGGAGGGACAUAGGAUCCAGCCGCAACUCCUAUCUCGUGCUUCCCUCCUGGAAAGUGAGCAGGACACUGGCCAUGGUGGGGAGUAGGCAGCGAGGAGUGAUCCUGCUCUCCCAGUCCCCACACUGCCUCCCCUUAUCUAGGCUUAUCUGUUUUCUACUUUUGUAUUGUAUAUUAAAGGUGCCUUUGGACUUUU